AUGUAUACAAAGUUUUGUUUAGAGUACCGUGGCAGGAUACAAGUAAAUGAUAUAGAAAUUACGGAAAAUUAUUAUAAAGAAAAAAAUAUGAUUGAAAAUGUUAAAUUAACAUGGAACAACUUUUUAAAAGUUUUACGAACAAUUUUACUCUCUGAUCCAAAUGAAAAUGAAAUUGAUGAAGCCUUUUAUAUAAUGAAAAAUAGUUCGGGAAAGAUUGAUACGAAACAAGUUAUACAAUGUUUAUUAUUUAUUCGUCCAAGUCUUGUUAAAAAGCAACAAGAACUCGAAACAGUGGAAGAAAUAGAAAGAGAAGAAGAAAAUGUUAACCCAUUGACAAGUAACGAAUUUGACUCAAUUAUUAAAAAGAGUACAUUUCGCUCAAUACUAUGUAGUCAUCAUGGUUCAAUUCAAACAUUUUAUAAUGAUUUAAAAGAUAUUCGAGGAAAUAGUUGGUUAAACACUGAUGAAAAUUUGAAAACAAUUAAAGGAUUUAAACUUUUUUGCAUUGAAAAUAAAAAAGGUCUAUUAUAA